AAAACAAGAAUUAUAAACACAAAAAAGGUGUUUGAUUUUCUAUUUAAUUGGAAAAAUUUGAUUUGGAGUGCUCUUAAUUAAUAAAUAAAACAUAACAAUGACUGAAAAUCCGAUAAGAAAGUGUAGGACUUGUCUUAAAAAUAAUACAAAAUACUUUCCAAUCAACAAAUAUGUAACAGGAUACAAACCAAAAGUCACCUAUGGACAGCUAUUAAAGAAAUGUGCAAAUUUUGAGUGCCCUUCCCGGGAUAAUGAGAGUUACAUGCCACAAUAUUUAUGUUUAUUAUGUUGCCGGGAUUUAAGAAAUGCCUAUGGUUUUAUAAAACAAGCCCAAUAUUGCAAUAAAAAGCUAUUAAAUGUUAUAGCAAAACAAUUGUCUAGUCUGCAGGAAAAGAACAUCAUAUUGCGAACACAGGGAAGUGCACAGGAAUAUCCAAUUACAAUCAAAAAGGAAAGUAAUAACGAUGAGGGUGAUAGUAAUGCAAAUAUACAGGAUAACAUUUUAAAUGAGUUUAGAAUAGUAAGUACAAGUUCACUUCUAAAAUCAGAAGUUUUGGAGGAAACAAACGAGGAGAAUGAAGAAGCCAUUCAAUAUUAUGUUCAUGAAAUUGAAGAUGAGGAAAUUGAAGAAAGUGAACAAAAUAAGCCUAAUAAUACCAUAUUAGAUUGUUCCUCAACCUCCAAUACAAACUUCACAGAAACAGCCUCAAUCAAUAAUCUAGAGGAUAUUGAAAUUGAUACAGUGUGUCCGAUAUGUGUUAAAACAAUCAAUAAACAAGAUAAUAUAGUAACACAUAUGCGUAUACAACAUGAUUUUGAAGUGCCUAGAGAACUUUUAAAUACGCAAACAUCAAAUCAACAGGAACAGGAAGAGUAUCCUAACAUAUGUACAAGUAAAACGAAAAGUUUAAAUCGUAUGAAAAACCUCAAAAAACGAAGUAAAGAGAAAAAGCAGAUCACGAAACGUUUGGAUAAGAUAAUGAAAUGUAAUUUAUGUGACUAUACGACAAGACAUUAUUCAGCUAUAAGUUUCCAUCAUCGCUCAAAGCACGGCUCAGAAGAUGACAAAUUUAAAUGUAAAUUUUGCUCUUACACGACUUGUAGAAAGUUUCGUCUAAUAGCUCAUGUGAAAAAUCUACAUAAAGAAUUAAUAAAAACUCUUAAAGCUAAUGCUGAUAACAAGGAACAAGGUGAUGAUAACACCACUAAUCCUUAUGCCACUUCUAGCGAUGACGAAACUCUUUUAAUCCAAAAAACUGCUAAAUCUUUAGAAACGCCAUAUUUUAACGACGAAAUGAUGGAGGAAAAAGAAGCCUUAAGUGAUGAAAUGUUUAUAAGAAAUAUUUUUAAUAUUAAAAAGCGUAAUGUGAAUACAUUUUCCACCAGAUCUUUACCACAACGUUGUGAUAUAUGUGGCAAUAUUUAUAAUAAUUAUCGAGCUCUCAAGACCCAUCAAAAAAAUGUACACAUUUCCGAAGAGAAAUAUAGUAUAUGUAAUCAUUGUGGUAAAAAGUUUAAAAAACCAGCUAAUUUACGAGUACAUAUUAAUAAUGCUCAUUUGCCCAAAGACACGAAUGAAACUAGUAAACCGUCAGCACCGGCUGCACCCAAAGAAAAACGUUUUAUGUGUACAGAAUGUUCUUAUGUUUGUGCCACGAUAACUACAUUAACCAUUCAUAGAAAUCGCCAUCAUACCGGUGAAAAACCUUAUAAAUGUGACAUUUGUUCUAAAUCAUUCUUUAUACCAUAUGAUUUGAAGAUACAUCGUUAUUUACAUACCGGUGAAAAGCCAUACAAAUGUUCAUAUUGCUCUAAAGGUUUUCGCAACACUGCACAAUUGGUAAAACACAAACGUAUACACAGCAAGGAACGUCCGUAUAAGUGUAAGGAUUGUGGCAAGAGUUUUACACAAGCGUAUAAUUUAACAUUACAUAAGAGAGCUCAUUUAAAGGAAAAGAAAUUGAAUUGUACGGUUUGCGAUAAGUUUUUUGAAAACCUAUCUGAAUUGAAUAUCCAUCGUAUAAAUGAAAAUCAUCCGGAUGUUGAUGUUUAAAGAAUAUGUUAAUAAAGAUUGUUUAUUGUUAAAUUAAAAAAAAAAAUAAUUAUGAGAAAAUCUUUAUAUAUAA